GGCGAAAUGACAGGUCACAGUGUGUGUGAAGCCGAGAAAUAUCCCGCCGCGGUCGAGCUCCCCGCCGACUCUGAAACACCACCACACCUGGCGGCGGCGGCUUCUUCCCCUGAUCUUCAGCCAGGAGACUACAACCCCUGUGUGGGCGCAAAGCCCUCCUCACCCUUUUAUCGCCAUGCGACCCCGUCCGUGAACAUCAAUCGCCUGAGGGUGGACAGCGAGAAACCCCAGCCCACCGUCCAGCAGCGCUACAGUUCCCCCGUCAUCCCCGAGAGCCCGCCCAUGUUCAACGUAUCCGCCCUGGAGUCGGGCAGCCGUCAUGAGUCGACGUCGAAUCUUUGGGGUCAACCGAAGCGACACUGCGGGUGCAUGAAUCGACUGAGCCGCAAGCAGCGCAUCGUGGCCAAAGGCGCGAUUGCCGUGGUAAUCCUGGGAACCAUGAUUGCGAUCGCGGUGGGAAUUACCGUCGCGGUGGGAGGCGCCGUGUGGAGGUCGGAUCACCGACAGGAGGUAAUCAGAUGAUGAUACAGAGGACCAACCUUGCGUUGCCCUCCUCUGUCGAUACUUCUGCCUACCAUUCUCGGUUGUGAUACAAGUACCUCAAAACCAACAAGACAUUUCUGCGGAGCAUAACUAUACUGCAUGGGAGUUUGGAGUCUGGAGAGUGUUCGCUGGGUAGGAAUUGGAUUGCAUGUACAUUUGAGCUUUUUCUUUUCACUGUCUUUUGGAUUCUGUUUCUGAGUUCCUGUACAUAAAGGAGGGUUUUAGCGACGCAUGCGGGGCGAGAUUGUUGCUUGGAACAACGGGAGAAGAUCAAAUACAAACAGAACAUACAGGGCCAAAGGCUGGUGUGCCUGACAGCUUGGCGAUUAGCGAGGGCGGGAUGCCUAGCUCGAGCACGU